CAUCUAACAGCUCAUCCCGUUACUUUUUCUGGAUGCUAACGGCCCGGGAUAUGACCACAGCAACAAAUGGAGGAAAAACAGGGUGAUUAAAAAAAAGUUGAUGACCCUUUCACUCGACUUUUCUUUCAUACGUGGUUCUGGAAAGUCAUGACGCCAUCACAGAGAGCCCGGUAUGGAAGCGAUGCGCGUGACCUUAAAUGGAGAGUUGCAGAUCAUCCGGUUCCCUUGUUGAAGUGUGCAGGAGGUGGACCCCAACCAUGGCCCCUUCGUCCCCACCCUAAGGGACAGGUCCACAAGUCCAACUUCCCUCCUCCUCCUCCUAACCUUCACAUUUUCCACACUCGACAUGCAGAGGAGAGCGCUGAGAGGCCUCAUUUGAUCACUAUCGUCCGUCCUUGUGGUCAGAGUACACUACGCAAGGUGACAGUCCUGUUGAACCGCAGAGGUGUGGUGUCUUUCGAGCAACUGCUAUUGGAUAUCUCUGAAGCGUUGGGAUUUCCACGCUGGCACCGAGCCAGAGUCACACGCCUCUACACGACCCAUGCACGAGAGGUUAAAGGCGUGUGUGAUUUCUUCAGAGGUGAAGUGGCUUUCCUGGCACUGGGUAAAGCUCGUCCUGAUCUGAGCAGUGUGCAAGAGGCUCUUGAGGAGCUGUUUCCAGAACACUCUCAUUACCAGGCUGAUGCACUGCUGGCCUGGGAGAAAAGACUGCUCCCAGCGCCGGAUAAAGCGGCUAAGGCUGAUAGCGGCUUCAGUGAGGGGACGAACAGCAGCGAGACGCAAACUAAACAUGAAUCAGACCAGGACACAAAUACACACAUCAAAAUUCAAACUAAUGCACACACAAAAACACAGCCACCUCAACAUAUGGACACGCAUCUAUCUGAAAAGUGUCAGAAAAAGAAUUCCUGUCGAAAACCUGCUCACAAGCCAAACCACCUGCAGAGACUGAAGAUGAGGGGCGGAGUCAGGGAGAGACCACCUUCUGUCAUUGGUCCCUUUAAACAUGAGGAAAGUCAUAGAGGAGUAGACAUACCCUCUCCUGCACUGUGUGAAAACUGCUUUGCAAGAAGAACCAAACAUCAGGCAUCAGAGCGGCCCAUUACACUCUCAGUUAGGGUCCCACUUCCUCCUGUGUCAAGGAAGCAAAAAGAAGGUUUUCAGACAGUACAGGAAGGGCAAAAAGUGUAUGUUCAUAAAAGUCCUCCUCCUCAGCUAAUCUGCAAACAGGAGGAGACAAGAAUUCCCCAAUUACAGCUUUUAAAUCCACUUCCAGAUGUGGGACAAAAAUGCAUUCAGCAGCAGACGACCCUUGACCUUCCCUCGGAUGGCAGUGAUGUCACCCUAGCAGACAUUGAACGCUACUAUGAAAUAGGACGUGUGGUUGGAGAUGGCAACUUUGCAGUGGUGCGAGAAUGCCGCCGUCGUGACAACGGGCAAACCCUCGCCAUGAAGAUCGUCGAACGAUCCAAGCUGAUUGGUCGAGAGCACAUGAUGCAGAACGAGCUGAGUCUCCUGGGAAGCCUGUGUCACCCUCGCAUAGUACGGCUGUUUGUGCACCACCACACACACACUCACUCCUACCUGGUGAUGGAGCUGGUGAGUGGGGGGGAUCUGUUUGAGGCCAUCAGUGAGAGAGGGAAGUUUUCAGAAGAAGAGGCAGGACUGAUGGUGUCAGACGUGAGUGAUGCACUGAACUUCAUCCACAGCAAAAGUAUUGUCCACCGAGACCUCAAACCAGAGAACCUGCUGAUAGAGCGUGUAGCUGCUGACAUUUGCAGGCUGAAGCUGGGAGACUUUGGUCUUGCCAUGGUCGUCACUGAACCAGUCUUCACUAUAUGUGGUACUCCCACAUAUGUAGCCCCGGAGAUUCUCUGUGAGACAGGUUAUGGAGUUGCAGUGGAUGUUUGGGCUCUGGGUGUUAUUCUCUAUAUACUGCUGUGUGGAUUCCCUCCAUUUCGCAGUCGGGACCGAGACCAGGAAGAGCUGUUUCAGCUGAUAAAACAGGGACAACUCUACUUCCUAUCCCCCUACUGGGAUCCUAUUUCAGAAGAAGCCAGAGGCCUGGUCAGAGCUCUGCUUCAACCAGAUCCCACAGUGAGGCUGACAGCAAAGCAGACCGUGUUGCAUCCCUGGGUGAAGGCUAUGGCUUCAACCUGCAGGCAGGGGGCACUCACAGACAAAGCUCAGAGAAUUAAAGCAGCUACAGGAGCAGAACCAGAGACAGAGAAAACAACAGGACUCAGUAGCAGCAGUAUGGGAGAAAUCACUGAUGAGGGGAUAAGUGAGAGACAGAGUGAGAUGAACACAACUCUGAAACACCUGACUGGGGGCCGAGCAGACAGGAAAUACAGGAUCAAGAUCCCAGCGAAACCAGCCCGGGUGUUGAACUCAGUCAACUCAGUGCUCCAUCAGACCAAACUGAACCUCUGGCAGAGAUAA